AUGCAAUUCGAAGAGAUUUACGAUAAAAUUCUGCAAACUUUAGGUUCAUUCGCAUACGAAACUUGGUUAGAUAAGAUUCAUUGCGAAUCGAAUAUAACUGACAAUUUACAAGAAAGUAUUGUGGAAUUUCACAACGAAAUGCGAUCGGAUCUUGCACGAGGUGAUUUUGAUGGAUAUGAAAGCGGAACAAAUAUAUACACAAUGAGAUGGAAUUGUAAUUUAGCGAAAUUAGCGCAAGAAAGAGCGAACAGCUGUGGAAGAACUAAGGAAUUGGAUUAUUUUUCUGGCAAAAUUGGUGAAGUCACCUACCAGCAGCUUGCUAAUGAAUCAAAAAACAAUGAUGAUUAUUUCAAUGAGGCGAUGGAUUAUUGGUCAAAUGCGACUGAACCUUUAAAUCAGAGUGAAUUAUACAAAGUUGGACCUGCAUGUGAGACGUGGAAGGACUGUUCUACUUAUAAGGAGUCAGUUUGUUAUUUUGAUUCGAAACUAUGCGAUUUCCAUAGUGGUAAAGAAAUACACGACUCGUUUGAUACUUUUCUGGCAUCAAAUGGCACUAUUGAUAUUCCCAAUUUAGAAGAGCACACAACAACAUUUUCCAUUAAUAGUUCUCAUGGAAAUAUCAAUGAUAGCGAAAACGAUAAUGUUAAAUACAAUGGGGAUAGAGUGGCUCAGUGGGUUGUUGCUCAAUUGGGAGCGCCGAUGCUGAGGUUCGUUGCCGCUCAAUCAUGCAAUAAAAAAUCUAUAAGCGAUGAUUUACGCGCUGAUAUACUCUUCAUUCACAAUGUAAUUCGAUCUCAAUUAGCAUAUGGCGACUUUAAAUCUCUUCCAUCCGGAUCGAAUAUUUAUUCAUUGAAGUGGAGUUGUGAAUUAGAAAGAUUAGCUCAACAAAAUGCAGAUUUUUCUAUAGAGACAUGCAAAAUGUCGCGAAAACAGGAUGCUCAUAUCCCGUUUGAAACGGGUCAAAACAUUUUCAAGAUAAAGACUAACGAAAGUUUCAAUACAGAUCACUGGUUUGAUAAAGCGCUGGAUUUCUGGACAAAUGAAACUAGAGAAAGUCAUGAAGUUGCACAGAUUUUGUAUGGAAAAACUUUGUUAAUCGGCUGCGGUAUUCGUAAAUGUCGUGAAUCGGAGGUGGUUAUCGUUUGUCAAUACUGGCCCAAGGCGACACCUGGUCCUUUAUAUCGACAAGGUUCAUCUUGCGAGACAGGUAAUUACUGCGAUGCUUACAACCAAUCAUCUUGUGAUUCUGAGAUGAGUUUGUGCCAGGUUGCAAGCGAUUUCACAUUCCCUGAUCCUCUUCACGCAUUGCCACUCCAGACUACUCCAAUAACAGAAGUUCCUAAUAUAGAAAAUGUCACCUACACUCCGACCACAGAAAUGUCCAUUUCAUCCGAAACUCUCGAAAAAAUCGUUUUAAAACAAUAUAACUGCCAUGACACAAAACUUCUUACUUCUUAUCGUUCCUUAUUGAAAAUGAAGCAUGAGGAAUAUAGAAAAAAAGCUGCAAAGGGUAUUAUCACUCUUCAUAAUUUCGAAAAUAUUGAAGAAGAUUUCUUUUUCAAACUGGAUUGGAACUGUGAGUUGGAAAAAGAAGCUCAAAAGGAAGCUGAAAGAUGUGCUUUGCCUCCUCACGAUGCCAAACAUAAAUAUUACAGAACGAUCAUUCAUAAUUUCGAAUUUGGCAAUUUGGCUGAUUUUCUUGAUCAAAAAAUUGAUUAUGCUAUCAGUAAUUGGUGGGGAAAUAUAACGGAUUAUGAUAAUAUCAAUAUUGCACAGUUUGAAGCCACAGAGAUAGGUUGCGGCAUCGCAUCAUGCAUUGAUGAGAAUCUUCAGAUGGUAAUUGAUAUAGUUUGCCGCUACUGGCCAACAACCAAUCCAAAUGAACUCUACAAUUAUGCUAUUAGCUGUGAACGAAAUGAACAUUGUGACUUGCUGCCUAAUUCAUUCUGUGACACUAAUUUAGGAAUAUGCGUGGAAGGAGAAGCUAGAAAAAAAUCUUCCGUAAAGAAAAGCCUUGACGACGAAUAG